UAUGCUGAAAUGUAAUGACCUCAUGGUCAUGUACUUGUUUUAGUGUGAAUUUACUGUUUUGCCUAUUUCCAUUGCUUCUAUGUAGUGUAUGUGGUGUAUCGAGAUGGGUGGCACACUUCCGAGGUAGUCAAACAAGCUUUGAGUACAAUGUCAUAUAUGUAGGGAUUGAUUAUCGUGGUGAAUGGGUUGAGAAGAAAAAUUGAUUCACAUGGUGUUGGGAGGAUAGUAAAAAAUGAGGAGCCGAUUCAGUAGGGAUAUAUGUCGAAAGAAACAUUUUGUAUGAUGAGUUCUUUAAUUUAGUCGUGCAAAUAUCUGGAUACAAUUGUAAACUGCAAGAUCUUGUCAUUAGUUGCAUUCCCCAUUUUUUUUCAUAAUGAGAAGGUUUUACUUUUAAAAUAACUCACAAAUCUAGUUUGAGUUUUUAUUUGGGAGGAAUAGAGAAACCGCCAAUAUUAAAAGUCUACGUAGAAGAAACUCCUAUCGAGGAGGAUCAUAAUGUAGACCAAGGCCAACAAUAUAUGUUUAAUGAUGAAUUUCAUCCUGCGGACAUGAAUAAUCCUGAUGAUGAAAUUGGAAUAGGUGAAGGUGAAGGUAAAGGUGGAGGUGGAGGUGAAGGUGAAGCUCAAACUAAAGGGUCGGACCUUGAGAGCAAGUUUCCUCCCACACCUAUAGUUUGCACAAACAAUCCAUGUGGUUCUCAAACUUCACAUGUGAUUAAUGUUAGAAAUGAUGAAAAGGAUUUUAUAAGGGAAUGACAUUCAAGAACAAGCAAGAACUUACAAAUUCAUUGAAAAUUGCUUUCUUGAAAAAAAAAUUAGACUGGAAAAGGUGAUAAAUUCUUGUGAUGUGUUUUCCUUUAAAUGUUCAUAUCCGGAUUGCAAUUGGUGGCUGAGGGCUAUGAAGUUUACAAGUAGUGACAGGUUUGCCAUUAGAAUCUACGAAAGGUACCAUAAUUGUGGUUCAGAGCAUCUUACGAGCAAUAAUUCCCAUGCCACGACAAAAGUCAUAGGUAAGUACUUUGAAAAUAGGUUUCCCAAUGGUAAAGGCCCAUCCAUAAGAGAUAUGUCAAAACAAAUCCGCACAGAAUUGAAUUGUAAGGUAAGCUAUUGGAAGAUUUAUAAGGGCAUGGAUAAUGCUAGGUCUAAUGUUACGGGAACACAUGAGCACGGGUACACAGUGCUUAAUGCGUACCGGUAUAUGCUUGAAGUUGUGAAUCCAGGAAGCAAGACGACAUUGUCACUCGAUGAAAAUGGGAGGUUACAAUUUUUCUUUGUGUCAUAUGCUGCUUGGAUAAUUGGUUUUCAAGAAAUGAGAAAAGUAAUAGACAUUGAUGACACAUUUCUAAGGAGAAAGUAUGGAGGAGUUCUGCUAUCGGCGGUGGCUCAAGGUGCCGAGAAUCAUAUAUUUCUAAUGGCUUUCUGUGUAGUGGACAAGGAAUGCGAUGCCUCAUAUGAAUAUUUUUUUCAAAAUAUGAGAAGCUUUGUAGAUGAUACUGAUGAGUUGUGAAUUAUCUCUGAUAGGCAUCCAAGUAUUCGAAAGAUGGUUUUGAGAAUCUAGCUUGCAUCUCAUUAUGGUUGUUGCAUGAGACACCUUGGGGAAAAUAUUCGAAAUAACUUUCACAAUUCAAAGGAAGUGUCCUAUUUUAUAAAGCAGCAAA